UCCUCCUCCUCCUGAGACCCCAAAGCCACCGCCUCACACCAGCUCCUGAGCUGCAAUGGGACUGGCAGCCGCCGCCCCCUGGCUAUCCUCCGCCCUGUCAAGCAGAUAGGGCGGCAGCUACCCCAGGAGUAUCUGCCCCUUCUCAGCCUAAGCCAACCCUUCCUGGACUUGGUGGCCACCUUUGCUGACCUGAGGCCAUGUAGGCCCUGGCUCAAGUCUCUGGACACACUGCUGGGGACAGUGCUUCUCCUCUCAGGGGGGCACCCAGUGCACCAUCAUGCUCUGGGGACUUGCCUGGCUAUACUGUCUUGGGAUCCUUCUUGGCGUGGCUUUGGGGAACGAGAAUUUGGAGAUGUGGACUCUGACCCAAGAUAAGGAGUGUGACCUCACAGGCUACCUUCGGGUCAAACUUCAGUACAAGAACCGGCUUCAGUAUAUGAAACACUACUUCCCCAUCAACUACAGGAUUGCUGUGCCUUAUGAGGGGGUACUCAGAGUCGCCAACAUCACAAGGCUGCAGAAGGCCCGUGUGAGUGAGCGGGAGCUGAGGUACCUGUGGGUCUUGGUGAGUCUCAACGCCACGGAGUCGGUGUUGGAUGUGCUGCUUGAGGGCCACCCAUCCUGGACGUAUCUUCAGGAGGUUCAGACAUUGCUGGAGAAUGUUCAGCGGAGCCUCAUGGAUGUGGAAAUCAGCCCUCAAGUGGAAGCUGUGUUAUCUCUUCUGAGUACCCCAGGCCUAAGCCUGAAGCUGGUGCGGCCCAAAGCCUUGCUGGACAACUGCUUCCGGGUCAUGGAGCUGCUGUACUGCUCUUGCUGUAAACAAAGCCCCAUCCUAAAAUGGCAGGACUGUGAGCUGCCGAGUCUCCAUUCCCACAGUCCGGGGUCCUUGACGCAGUGUGCAGCUACCAACAUGUACCCUUUGCCUCAGCAGCCCCCCACGUCCCUGCCCAGUUCCCCUGGCUCGAGGCAUGGCCUGUUGCCCUGAGCGGUCCUGUGUGUGUGACCCUGGGUCGGGCCAUUGGACGUGUUUCAGGAACUGGCCUGGGUCUGAGACUUUCCUAGAUGGUGGUAGGUAGCCCUUUUUUCUGGGAAAGGUAUUUUGCCUUUUCUUCCACAGCCAGGCUCAGUUUCCUGCCUUUUGUACCUGUGGUUAUCACCUGGAGCCUCGGGGGAGGGGUGUAGAGGGGGAGGCUGGUUGCUGCUCCCACCGCCACCACCCUACC